UUCAGUUGUGUUCCCGAAUGAAGAAUUUAAAGUCUUUCAUUUUUGUCGCAGCAGCUCUCACUUGUGGCCUGGUUUUCGGUGACAACCCGUGCCUGAAGGGACCACCUGUGCAGAAAAACGCAGCAGAAUGUUGUGCCACACCGUCACUGGUAGAGCCGAGUGCCUUUAUGGCGUGUCAUUCGAAGUGGAUCGGCCAAACGAAGCGUCAGAUGGCGAUCGGAGGCAUACCGAGGGGUUGCUGUGUGGCUGAGUGCGUGAUGAACCAAACCGGUCUCUACGCGGACGGUAAAAUCGAUCGCGAGGCACUGACGCAGCUGUACCUCGGCUCGGCCAAACCGCUGGCUCCGGAGUGGAAGCAGAUAUCGCUGGACACAAUCGACAGUUGCUUCAAGAUGGCGGACGGCAUGAAGGACGAAAUCGAGGCGGGCGCCAAGCUGACGCCGGCCUUCGACGGUGAACAGAUUUGCCAUCCCAUCUCCGGCACGAUCCUGGCCUGUAUGGGAAUGACACUGUUUGCCGACUGCCCACCGAAGCUGUUCACCGUUAACGAGGACUGCCAGAAGCUGAAGUCGUACCACAGCAAGUGUCCAUUUUUGUGA